AACGUGACAAGUAAGUUCUUCGUACGCCGUUAAAAAUCUGGCAGUGUAAUAUCUACUGGUAUCGAUUUGGUAAUAACUUACUACCCGAUUGGUUUGUUUCUGAGUAGUAAAUUUUUCAUUAUCAGAACAUUACUGAACCGUAAUAAAUACUUGUUAUUUCCGUACCGAUAGAAUCAUAUUUAUCCACUCCUCCGUGUAAUAAUUUAAUACCAGUUUGCUAAGAGUGUACCAUUAGUAAUUUUAUGCUAAAAAACAGUCACAAUGUGGGUAAUCCCUGGAAUUCUCGUGGUCUUGGUGACCGCCUGGUUUUUGAGGCGUUUCAUGAAAAACUCAAACGCGGAUAAAUUGUCGUACUGGAAGCAGCAAGGAUUUACCAUUUUGGAAGAGACGAUAUCCGGCUGGGACAUUUUUACAGGGAAAGGAAACGUGACCGAUUCGGAUAUCGAGUAUUAUAAAGAGUUGGGGCGCAGGGGGGAAUCGUGCGGGGUGGUGACCGAGUUGGGAACGCCGAUCCUGAUCGUGAGAGAUUUGGAUGUCGUGAGAGAUAUUUUGAUUAAGGAUUUCGACAAUUUCACGGACCGACCUCCGUUUGGAGAAGGGAACAAAAUCUUUAACGGAAGUUUAUUCGGUUUGAUGGGGAAGAAUUGGAGAAAUAUGAGGUCCUUUUUAAGCCCAACUUUUACAUCGGGACGGAUUCGCAACAUGUUUUCACAUUUUGAAAAGAGUGCCGCCAACUUGACCGCUUUUAUCAAAAACCAGCAAAAAACCUCGUCCUCCACCAACUUCGACUUGCCCGUGGUAGAAGCGAUGCGAAAAUUUUCCAUGCAAGUCAUCACCUCCGCCGCGUUUGGACUGAAAGUCGACUCUUUUCACCCCUCCGACGAAAUAAUUCCCAUGGCCCGACGACUCUUUGCGCUCACAAUGUCCGCCAAAAUAAGGAUGAUUUUCGUCCUACAAUUUCCCAAGCUGGCAAAAUUUUUAAACGUGAAAAUGGAAGAUGUCGAAGCAGUCGAUUUUUUCUGGAGAUUGAUUUCAACCGCGAUAAACAUCCGCCAAAAGAGUGGGGUAAGGGGCAACGAUUUUCUUCAGAGUUUAGUCGACGCGCUAAAUUCGAAGGAAGCGGGUGACAUUGUAUGGAGCGAGGAUGCCGCCAUUCCGCAAGCUUUCGCCUUCAUUGCGGCGGGAUUUGAUACGAUCGCGAAUAAUUUGUCGGCGGCGUGCUAUGUCCUCGCGACGCAUCCAGAAGUUCAAGAGGAGCUGUAUCGUGAGGUGGAGAAGGUCAUGCAAAGUAGUGGGGACGACACGAUUUCCUAUGAAGAAAUUAAUGGGAUGGAGUACAUUGAUAUGUUCGUGGCAGAGACUCUCCGCCUUUACCCCUCGGUAGCGAGGCUGGACAGAGUGUGCACUACGGAGUGCGCAUUACCGGACGUGGGAAAGGGCGGGAGAGCGAGACUAAUUCGAAAGGGGACUGUGAUAGCCGUGCCAGCGGAUGCAUUUCACAAGGACGAGCAGUACUUUCCAGAUCCCUUCAAGUUUGACCCGACCCGAUUCAGUCAGGAAAAUAAGGCGAAAAGAAGUCCCUACGCGUACAUGGGGUUCGGAAACGGGCCGAGAAGUUGUAUCGGGAUGCGAUUUGCCUUGGUGGAGACGAAAGUAGCUUUGGCACAUAUCGUGCGAAAUUUCGAAAUCAGACCAUCCGCCGGGACCCCAAUUCCGGCCAAGAUGGAGAAAGACAUGCUUGGAUACAGCGUUGGGACCGAUAUCAGGCUUAAAUUUAUUCCGAGAGAUUGAAAUUAUUUCAAUAUGGAUGCGUUCUUAAUUUAAUUUAGUAAUAUGUAAUUCUACUUGAAUUUUUGGAAAUGUACCGAUUAAUUAAGUGCAAAUUGAAAAAAUGUAAUUAUAAAAACAAGUAUUUGGAUUAAUAAAAACUAAUUAAUAGCAACAGGUCGAAACCUGCCUUGUUUU